AUGGCCAAAGGAGAGGAGCGCCGUCUCACAGACGUGUCAAUCUCGUGGACCGACGCUUCUGGCCAGCGCCUCCGACUUGAGCCGUCCAAGGACGUCAAGACUACACUCCUCCUACGAGAGGACCCCAAGACAUGGGGUUGGAUCCAGGUUACAUUCCCAAGCACCGACAGCGCCCAUGCCAGACGGAAGUCCAAGGGCAUCAAGCCUCGCCUCCUCCCCACGCCUGGCCGCAAUACCUUCAUUGACUUGCUUCCUCCGAACAUUGAAGUGUUCGCCACCACCUUUAAGCCCCGCGACGAGCCCGAUUCUGUUCUCGUCGUCGAUGUCACCCUGGAAGAUCCCGAUGUGGUCUGGAUCAGAGCUCGAGAUGCCGGCUCGGUUGCCCUCAACGAUGCGCAGAUGGAAGCCGUUCACCUCUCGAAGUUAUUCCCCGAGACUUCCCGAUUCAGGAUUUCCGUUCCUUCCGACAAGAAGGUCAAAAAGCAAGACUGGGACUGGGAUAAAUACUUUGCUGAUGACACAGCCAGAACGGCGUACAACUACGGCUUCGUUGUCGACAAGCGCCACCGCGGUGGGCUAAGAAAGCCUCGUCGAGAGGCCGAUUGGAGAAAUUAUCACAUGAGAGGACAGUCUCCGCGGCAGCCUAUUCAAUCCAGGCUGCCAUUCAACGUCAAGAAAAGUGGCAAAGACGUCGAAAUGGCUGGUGCCGCUGCCCCGAAGAAGAAUAAUCUCGAAGACAAAACUAUCCGUCUGAGUGUCCCCGACGUCAUGGAGGAUGAAGGGGAGAAUGAAGUCAACAACGAACAUGACGUCUAG